AGAGAUUGCACGCUUGCAACAGCUCUAUAAUGCUGAUCGUGGAGUGGUUAUGGUGAGGGUGUAUUGAGAAAUGGCUUCGAGAUGCUGCCCGCUUCCGGACCAUGACUGAUUUAAAAGGCGUGUCCGCUGACGGGGGGCAGGCGUGCCGCGCCGCCGCGGGGUCCGGCUGCUCGCGGAGCUGACGACAUGCUAGUCGUGUUCAACGACUCAGCCAACCUCUCUGACCUGGCGCUCGCUCCCGACCUGCCCACCAGCCCCUACAGCCUCGUCCAGAAGAUCGCCAUCGCGAUGGUCGCCAGCGUCCUCUCCGUGCUCACGGUCGUGGGCAACUCCCUCGUCAUGAUCAGCUUCAAGAUCGACAAGCAGCUGCAGACUAUCAGCAACUACUUCCUCUUCUCCCUCGCCGUGGCGGACUUCGCUGUCGGCUUGAUAUCCAUGCCACUGUUUACAAUGUUCACAAUAUACGGCUACUGGCCGCUGGGUCCUCACAUCUGUGAUACUUGGCUUGCGCUUGACUAUUUAGCGUCAAACGCGUCAGUGCUAAACCUGCUAAUAAUAAGUUUUGAUAGAUACUUUAGUGUGACGCGACCUUUGACCUACAGAGCCAAAAGGACUACUCGCCGCGCGACAGUUAUGAUCGGAGGCGCGUGGGGAUUUAGUUUGUUGUUGUGGCCACCCUGGAUUUACGCCUGGCCGUACAUAGACGGCGAGAGAAAAGUGCCGCCAAACGAGUGUUACAUACAGUUUAUAGAGACGAACCAGUUUAUUACUUUCGGGACAGCGAUAGCGGCGUUCUAUGUGCCCGUGACAGUGAUGUGUAUACUGUACUACAAGAUCUGGCGGGAAACGAAGAAAAGACAGAAGGACCUGCCGAACCUACAGGGUGGGAAGAAGCAUGACUCGUCGAAGAGAUCGAAUUCAAGUGACGACACCCGGGACGCGGAUGGGAGACUGCGCUCCGAGUCGGGGGACGCAGAUUCAGUCUACCACGUCAGAGGGGCCCUGGAUCCAAAAUGGAGAGACAUACAGGGUUCAAAGAUACAGCGCAACCUUCGCGGCUGGGCGGCAGUUAAAGGCUGGUGUGUAGCGUGGUGGCAUUCUGGCAGGGAAGACAUGGAAGAAGAAUUGGAUGAAGAGCCUUCAGACAUGGGCUAUGCCACACCAGUCUCCGUGGAGACUCCACUACAGAGCUCAGUGUCCAGGUGCACGUCGCUUAAUGUAAUCCGUGACCCGUUUGCUGGUCGAACUGGAUCUGGACGCUCCAACCAUGACGGAGGAACUUCCCCCUUGAGACGAAACUUCGAUCCACCCAUCCCCAGCGCGAGGGAUAGCCGUUCCCUCCCACCCAACACAAGAAUCAACCAAACCUCUCCAGCCCUGAAAUCUGCAUCAGCCGACUCCGUCUACACCAUCGUUAUCAGACUUCCUGACACAGACACGGACCGACCCAGCAUCAAAAUGAUCACGGAAGAAUCACCACCAAACGCAAGACUAUUCAGACUACCAAAUAGGGGAGAUUCAGAACUAAACUUAAACCCACCGGGGGGACUUUCAAGAAGAACUUCUCACAUUCAGGAUGUAAGAAUACCACUGAACGCAAAAAUAAUCCCGAAACAGUUAGCGGGCAAAGGUAUUAUAACAACAAAAACGCCGAAGAAGAAGAAAACGCAAGAGAAGAAACAGGAGACAAAAGCUGCCAAAACAUUAUCAGCCAUUCUAUUAUCUUUCAUUCUUACAUGGACUCCGUAUAAUAUAUUAGUUCUACUAAAGCCAUUAACUGCAUGCACCAAGUGCAUACCAGACGAACUGUGGUCAUUUUUUUACGCACUAUGCUACAUAAACUCAACGAUAAAUCCUGUAUGUUACGCACUGUGCAAUGCGACAUUUAGAAGAACAUACACAAGGAUUUUGACAUGCAAAUGGCAUAAUAGGAACAGAGAAGGCAUGACUAGAGGAGUCUAUAAUUAGGUUUUGAUAUUUUUUGUGAGAUUCUUUCAUGUGUAUAUAUUAUGAUAUUGUGCGCUAUGAAGGUUAUUGAAACUUUUUAUCCUGUGGGCUGGAUUCUCGCUGGGAUUAAUAAUAAGCACAUUUUUUACCUAUAUUUAGUACUUUGUCACCUAACUUAGAGCAUCAAUUUUAAUUGUAGAAAACGAAAAUAUCUUAAUCGAAGUAUGUAGGUAAAAACGACAUUAGUGCGGGAAAACUAGUGCCACGAUUUAUAUUGCCCGAUCUUGGUUACGUAGACUUCGAAUUAAUCUUUAAAUGGUGUGUAUUAUGAGAUAUCAUUAAAAAACAUCCAGUCAUUAAUCCAAGCAUUCUUUAAUAUUAAAAUAAUUAUACAAAUUAAAUUUCUAACCAAAAUUUAUGAAUGCUGCGGUGCUCGAACCCACGACCUCUCGGGUUCCGUCGGGCUCUUACCAACUGAGCCAACCGUUCGAGUAACGUAUUACGUAAAUUACGUUGUGGCUUCAUCUACAGGAUCUAUUUUACAGUGUGAGUAGUAACAGUUGAUAACAGAUUGGAGUCGAAUAAGAUAUACCAUCCAUGCGUCACUCAAAUGGUUGGCUCAGUUGGUAAUGCGCUAAAAUGGAACCCGAGAGGUCGUGGGUUCGGUUCCGCAUCGUUCAUAAAUUUUGGUUACAAAUUUAAUUUGUUUAAUUAAUCCAAGAAGUGAGGCAUAUUACUUUAAAAAUAACAAAUUUCUAAGAUUAAAGUAAUUAAUUAAUUAUACCUGUAAUACUUAAAAAAAAUCCGAGAUAGCUGAGUUACAUGGGGGGCGUAUUUAAUUUCAAAUUCAAAUAUUUUUAUUCUGAAUAGAAUAUAAACUUAUUGUACGUCAAAAACUACCAUCCAUCCGAAAAAGUAUGCCUCAGACUUGAAAACGAUCUCAAGAAACUUAUCGGCCCCUUUUUUUUAAAUAAAAUAUCGUUACAACUUACAAUAUACAAUCGUACAAUGUAGAUACCUUGUAUCUUUAUAACCAUGUACAUACCUUCGGUAAAACAGAGUUUUCGUUCAGUUGUGUUUCGACCGCGCUUUGUAUACAAUGCCACGCAAUGACAAAGUGCCAAAUAACAGUUUAUCCAAAUUUAAAAAAGAUGGAGUCUCGUAUUUUGGGUACGUGCGCCUUUAAAUUAACAAAAUUAUGUAACCAACAUGACGUUUUUAACCAUUUUGCUAAAUAAUUUCAAUUGCUAAAACAAAAUACAUCGCCGACGAACUGUGAUAAAAGAGAGACGGAGGUCAUAAUGAGCCACUUUUGAGUGUAUACAAUAGAUUUCGAACAUUACUGCCACGAAAUAAGGUGUUAAUUUAACUAAAUAUAUUUUUAAUGUUUUGUAAUGCUCCCGUGUACGCUUACACGGCAAGCGUUUCUAUGGUCCACUUACUUGGACACGGCAGCAUAGGACCAUAGACAGCCGUCAAAAAACCACCAAUAUCUACGUAUCCAUAGACAAAAACACCAGGGAGAAUGUUUUACCCGGUGUAUUAUGAAUUGCUCUUCGUUCUAAGAGCCAUAAAACAAAGCGCAACGCUUUUGAAGAUAAAAUAUAUUAAUAAUUAUUUGAAUUUAGCUGGCGGUGGCCAUUUUUGUUUGGCAUACAACAGGAACUUUAUAUUGCGAUUUUUUUUUUAGAAAUAAUAUAUAACGUAUCUACUAUACUAAAAUGAUACAAACGCGAUUUGACGCGAUUAGCAAAAUGGUCACAAUUUCUCGUACCACUCAGAAAGAGUGGCGAUAUUAUAGCACGAAUCUAUCACAAAUAACGUUUUUUGUUUACAAUAACCAAGCUUGUUUAUCUAGCAAACAGUAACAUAAACCGCUUAAUGAUACCUCUGCUAAUUUAAACACAAGUGGCUAUAGUCUCAAGUGGCCGCGCCGGGUUUGGCGCCAAAACAGCUGAGUAGGUGGCGACUGCGGCGCGCGGGUCGUGAGAGCAUUUUGACAACCUUUUAUUAGGCGUUUGGGAGUCUAGCUGUUAAUAGUACGUCAAUGUAUAAUAGGAAAUAUUGAAUACUAAAUUAAAUACCAUUGAAAAUUUUUGACUGUCUUUGAAAAAUAUAAAACACGGGUGGGCUAGUAGGGUAAAAUUGGAUUUGCAUUGUAAAUUGCAAAUUGCAUUUAAAUUAUAAUGAUAAUAUUUGGUAUUACAAUUAUUUAUAAAGGUAAACAUUGAUAGAUAGAUAUGUAUAAAAAACGAAAUGAUCGAUAUAAGGAGAAUAAAAAAAUAAAUUAAUAAAUCAAAAAUGCGAAUAGAGUUUUUCAAGAAGAAUUCGAGGUAUACUUAAUACUUUCUGACAUUUACCGUGGAACCUGUCACUCUUCUGAGCUGUUGAGGAUUCUACCAUUUUGUUAGAUAAUACACCCUCAGGCUCUUUAAUUAUAAAUUUUUGUUGUAAAAAAAAAAGCCCGCUGAGUUUCUUGCGCACAUUCUUCUCAGGUCUGAGGCAAUCUCUUUUGAAUGGGUGGUAGUUUUUGACGUUCAAUAAGUGAUUUUAAAUCCUAUUUUGAAUAAAAAUAUUUGAAUUUGAAAUAAAAUUUUGGUCAAUCCACAAAUUAUCAUUAUUAUAUUUAUAUUAGGUUUUAUCAGACAUAAAAGGCAUUCAUUUUCUCUAAAUAUUCCUUUAGAAUUAUUUUAAUCUAUUAAUACUAGAUACUACUACCGCUUCGGAAACAAAUAACUCGCCGAGACAGAAGAAGCGACGCAAGAAACUCUCUUUUAUUUUUGCGCUGUUUUUAGUAAAAUAGUCCACAGACACAGUCCCAGGCUGUCGGAUCACUUAGAUAUUCAGCUGUGGGUUUAGUAGGAUUUACGACACAGACAUUUUUGAAGUUAUACUUCUUUUGGCGCGAUGGAGAAAAAAGAUGAGAGUGAAUUUUAACGAUGCGCGCGCACACCGACACCUGAAUUCUACAUAGUGAAGUUAGUUCUAGGUGGCAUGAAAAUCAAUAACUGUGUUCAAGUUGUAUAUUCUAGUAUUUCUAUAUUUAUAACACGUGUUUCGUAACAGUACAAUUAAACAGUGUGAAUAAAUAAAUAUUAUUUUGGUGUUUUUAUUAAAUCAAUUUCAUA